AUGGAUGUGGCCCAGCAGCAGCUUCCUGGGGAAAAGACGGGACAUUGUACCCCCCUUUCGGAGAACGUGAUUGAUCGAAUGAAGGAAUCCUCAGGCGGCGGCUCCAAGUCUCCGCGCCACCCUGAUGGUUAUGGUGCCUCAGUUUCCGAAGAAGACUUGAGAAGAAGAGUGGCCCAGGAGCUGGCACUGGAGCAAGCGAGGAAAGAAUCGGAGAAGCAAAAGCGACUGAAGCAGAGCAAAGAACUGGACCGGGAGCAGGCCAACGAGCAGCUGACCCGGGCAAUUCUCCGAGAGAGGAUCAGCAGCGAGGAUGAACGUUCCAAGGCCAAGCACCUGGAGAUCGAAUCCAAAGCCAAGCAGCUGGAAGAGAAAGAUCGGGUGAUCAAGAAGCAGGACGCCUUCUACAAAGAGCAGCUGGCUAGACUGGAGGAGAGGAGCUCCCAGUUCUACAAAAUCACCACAGAGCAGUAUCAGAAAGCUGCCGAGGAAGUGGAAGGGAAGUUCAAGCGGUAUGGCUACCAUCCAGUCUGUGCUGACCUGCAGGCCAGAAUCCUCCAGUGUUACCGCCAGAACACCCAGCAGACCCUCACCUGCUCUGCUCUGGCCGCCCAGUACAUGCAGUGUGUCAACCAGGCCAAACAGGUGGGUGUGCGUGCCCCUGCGAAGCAGCCAGCAGGACAGGAGGAGGCCCUCCAGCAGGGCCCAGAGAGCAGCCUGCUGGAGAAGGGAGGCUAAAACCCAUGGCGGAAACCAGCAGAACUCCAUCCACUCGGAUUCCAGAGGUGGAAUUGUCCCCCCUUUCCCCCCCAAACCCCCCAUGAGAAAACCGCUUACUGAAAAAGAACAUUAAAGAAAGACAUCAGAGGACAGCUUCAACAGAUACCAAUCCCAGUCGGACUAGGCCCAGCUCAGGGACGGGCUGGCCCCCUGGGACAGCUGGCGUGUUGGGACCGCCCCUGGGUGGUGGUGAAGGAGGGCUUGUCUCCUUCAGGGUGCGUUCCGUGCAUUUCCGCUGACCCCGAGCCUUCUCCCCCAUCAGCCCGCCGUGGGGCGAGCCCGGCCCAUGAGCCAGGUUGUGGCCCAGUGGUUUUCUCUCCGUUUCUCUCCUCUUGGGCGGAUUCUGCCUGAGCUCCGGCUCUAUCUGUCCUGGGGAUCUCCCGAGGGAGGAGAGAGAAGCGGAAGAACCUGUCCUUUCACGGGAAUCAUGCUGAUGAUUACAAGUAAAACAAGGCCUCUUUUUCAUUUAAUCACUGGAAAGGCAGCCUAGCCUUCCCCCAACGCCCUCGCCAUCAUGAAUACUGACCUCUGGACUCCCUCUCGGCAUCACGAAUAAAUGUAUUUUCUGACAAAGAC